GGAAAAGCGAAAACCCUUUGGCUUUGACAGCCGCCGCCACAAGUCUUUCCGCCUCUCCAGCCUGCCUAGGGGCUGGGAGCUAGGAGCUGGAUUAUGGUGGCCUGAGCAGCUAACGCAGUGCAGGAGUCCGGAGCCCCUGCCCCUUCCAACACCGCCGACUUCACCAGAAGGACCAGGACAGCAGCCGGCGCCAACCUGCCAUGCCCGCCCCUCCCAGCCCCCUGAGGGGCCCAAGCCCACUGCUGAGGCUGGCUGCCGCCGUCCAGAUGUAGCUGGGUCCUGGAGCCCAGUCGUUCCCCUCUCGUGCUCUGCAGAUUUCUCCUGCUCGCCGACCAUCGCCUGGACCAGGGGACUGGUUGAGAGGCCUGCAGGCACUGGAGUCCUGAUGCCUCCAAGCCCCCUCUCCUGAGAGAAGCCACCGCCACCACCCAGAUUUGGGAGCAGGCAACUUGGACAGACGUGGGCCUGAGGGAGCCCAGGAGGUUCGGGCCCACCAUGGCCCCAACCCUGCCCUGGCUCCUGCUGUGGGUGGGCUCCGGGGUGCUGCCUGCUCAUGGCACCCAGCUUGGCAUCCGGCUGCCCCUGCGCAGCGGCCUGGCAGGGGCCCCCCUGGGGCUGCGGCUGCCCCGGGAAACCUACGAGGAACCAGAGGAGCCUGGCCGGAGGGGCAGUUUUGUGGAGAUGGUGGACAACCUGAGGGGCAAGUCGGGCCAGGGCUACUAUGUGGAGAUGACAGUGGGAAGCCCCCCACAAACGCUCAACAUCCUGGUGGACACAGGCAGCAGCAACUUUGCUGUGGGGGCUGCCCCCCACCCUUUCCUGCAUCGAUACUACCAAAGGCAGCUGUCCAGCACAUACCGGGACCUCCGGAAGGGCGUUUAUGUGCCCUACACCCAGGGCAAGUGGGAGGGAGAGCUGGGUACCGACCUGGUGAGCAUCCCUCACGGUCCCAACGUCACUGUCCGUGCCAACAUCGCUGCCAUCACUGAAUCAGACAAGUUCUUCAUCAAUGGCUCCAACUGGGAGGGCAUCCUGGGGCUGGCCUAUGCGGAGAUCGCCAGGCCCGACGACUCCCUGGAGCCCUUCUUUGACUCCUUGGUGAAGCAAACCCACGUCCCCAACCUCUUCUCCCUGCAGCUCUGUGGCACUGGCUUCCCCCUCAACCAGUCUGAGGUGCUGGCCUCAGUCGGAGGGAGUAUGAUCAUUGGGGGUAUUGACCACUCACUGUAUACGGGCAGUCUCUGGUACACUCCCAUCCGGCGGGAGUGGUAUUAUGAGGUGAUCAUUGUGCGGGUGGAAAUCAAUGGACAAGAUCUGAAAAUGGACUGCAAGGAGUACAACUAUGAUAAGAGCAUCGUGGACAGUGGCACCACCAACCUUCGUCUGCCAAAGAAAGUAUUUGAAGCUGCAGUCAAAUCCAUCAAAGCUGCCUCCUCGACAGAGAAGUUUCCAGAUGGAUUUUGGCUAGGGGAGCAACUGGUAUGCUGGCAAGCAGGCACCACCCCUUGGAACAUUUUCCCCGUCAUCUCACUCUACCUGAUGGGUGAAGUCACCAAUCAGUCCUUCCGCAUCACCAUCCUUCCACAGCAAUACCUGCGGCCGGUGGAAGACGUGGCCACGUCCCAGGACGACUGUUACAAGUUUGCCAUCUCACAGUCAUCCACCGGCACUGUUAUGGGAGCAGUAAUCAUGGAGGGCUUCUACGUUGUAUUUGAUCGGGCCCGGAAACGAAUUGGCUUUGCUGUCAGCGCUUGCCAUGUGCACGAUGAGUUCAGGACGGCAGCGGUGGAAGGACCUUUUGUCACACCAGACAUGGAAGACUGUGGUUACAACAUUCCACAGACAGAUGAAUCAACCCUCAUGACCAUAGCCUAUGUCAUGGCUGCCAUCUGCGCCCUCUUCAUGCUGCCACUCUGCCUCAUGGUGUGUCAGUGGCGCUGCCUCCGCUGCCUGCGCCAUCAGCAUGAUGACUUUGCUGAUGACAUCUCCCUGCUAAAGUGAGGAGGCCCGUGGGUGAAGACAGAUUCCCCUAGACCACAUUUUGGUCACAAGUCGGGAGACUCAGAUGGCACCUUUGGCCAGAGCACCUCAGGACCCUCACCCACCCACCAAAUGUCUCUGCCUUGGCAGAAAAAGAAGGAAAAGCCGUCAAGGUGGGUUACAGGGCUUGCACUGGUAGAAAACGAGAGGGAAGAAAGAAGCACUCUGGUGGCAGGAAUACCCUUGGUCACCUAAAACUCGAGAUGGGAAAUUCUGCUGCUUGAAACUUCAUCCCUGAACCUUUGUCCACCAUCCCUUUAGAUUAUCCACCCAAAGUAUUCUUUCCUUACUUCCAGAAGUCCUGGCAUUAUACCCAGGUUACCCCAGCAUGUGUCUCUGUGGUACCCUGGCAGAGAAAGGGCCAAUCUCAUUCCCUGCUGGCCAAAGUCAGCAGGAGAAGAUGCACAGUUUGCUAUUGCUUUAGAGAUAGGGACUGUAGAAACAAGCCUAACACUGGUACAAAGACUGCCUCUUGAAUUAAACAAAAAAAACAAUUAGAUGGAAUAUUUGUACAAAUGAGGAGUGGUCAGAAAGAGGAGAAGGAGGGCGGGGGGUACAGCAGUUGGGAUCACAGCUAGGAAAGGCAGAGAUACAACCACUCGCCAGUCCCAGUUUUAGACCUCAUCUCCAAGACAGAAGCCCAUCUCCUGAGACAGAUGUCAUUUCUCAAUGUUUCUGUGGUCACAGCCUGACCAAAAAGUGAGAUGGGAAGAAGGGCUUAUCUAGCCAAAGAGCUCUUUUUAAAGCUCUCUUGAUUAAAAAGUGCCCAUGAAGAAGUUCCACUUAACAAAAUAAUUUCUACCUUAAUUCCACUUGUCUCUUCCUGACCCCUUUCCUCUAUGUAUGAUAGGUGGUAGUGAAACACCCCAAACCCCAAAGCCCCAGGUGUCCUAGGGGAGAGGAAUUGGAGUUUAACAAGACUGGGCAUUAUCUUCCUGGUCACAGGUUCACUCCCUCCCCAAGGCCCCUAUUGCUCUGGAGCUUUGCAGCAGAGGUGCUAAAAGGAACAGAGAGAAGGCCUCUCCUAUCUAAUCCUUGAAAGCAGAAUCCUGAAGAUUCAUUCAACAGGUAUAGGAGUGAUGCCUUAUACCUCUGCCCAGAUUUCUUCCUGUUUAGCUGUAAGAAGUGGUAAGAUCAUUAGAUUAAUACUGAGUGGUUUUAUUGUUUUCUUUGCUUCUCUAAUGGCCCCUCCACUUAUUUGGCUAAGGCUUCACACACUGGCUAGUGUUAUACUAUGACUGUCAGCAAUCGAGGGCUUUCUGGCUCUUAGCCACUGCCUUUGGUGUCAAGGCUGCUUGGAGAAAGGAUGGCAGCCUCAGGCUUCCUUAUUUUCUUCACCACUUUUCCUUUGUUGGAGGCUGUCCUUUCUCCUAUCCUGCUUUCUGCUCCCCACUCCCAUGGGUACCCAGGCUGGUUCUUGGGUUAGGCAGUGGGGACCAAGUUCAUUUUCUCCCUAUCAGUUCUAACACAGUAGACUAUGAUACCAGUGUUAGUGGGAAGAGCUGAGUUUUCCCAGUAUACCCACUGCAUCCUAUCCGGUCUACACACUGCUGCCAGGCAGGGUACCUAGCAAGUAGAGAAUUAUUUGAUGAGGGAGAGGGAAAUAUAAGGAGGGCCUCUGGAGUUGCUGGCCUCUGCCAGUUGCCCACAAGCCAUAAACCAAUAAAACAAGAAUACUGAGUCACAGUUUUUUUUAUCUGGGUUCUCUUCACUCCCACUGCACUUGGUGCUGCUUUGGCUGACUGGGAACGUUCCACACCUAUAACGACUUGACAGGAAGACUGGAGACUGUCCACUUCCAGCUCAGAACUUACUGUGUAAAUAAACUUCUAGAACUGCUACCAUGAAAUGAAAAUGCUACAUUCUGCUUUAUAAUUUGCACCCAUGUUGGGGAAACUGGCUUUUCCCCAGCUCUUUCCAGGGCAUACAACUUAACCCAUUCAUUAGUAAGUCCCACUGUCCUAUUAUUUUUUUUAAGAGAAAACUUGCACUUAUUUUUCUUUUUACAGUUACUUCCUUUGAACUAUACUGAAACUAUGAACUCUAAGUGUGAAAAAAAAAUCUCGACAACAGUUUCUUGCUUGUAAAAAUAUGUAUUAUACAGCUCUAUUUUUAAAUUCUACUUCUGAAAAAUGACUGUCCCAUCUCCAUUCACUGCAUUGGGGGCCUUUGCCUUUGGUCUGCACAGUUUUUACCACUACAAGCCAGUGGGCAGAGGGAGAAGGGAGAACAGGGGUGGCCAAAAUUAAUGUGUUGCUUUCUGAUUGACCCUGAACAAAGAAGACAAAAAAAGCAAUGAUGAGGCCCUAGCCACCAUGUACAACUCUCUCUGAAACCCCCACCCUCUGCUGGAAUUGGCUUCCCAGGGGCUUUCACUGGGAAAGCAGCUAAGCCCCUGAUCCAUUCCUCCUUUCUUCUCUAUUCCUUUGGCUUCAAAAGAUUUUUUGGAAGAGAAAGAAUAUCCCUUACACACAUCUCUAAUUUCUAAAUUUUCUGGGGACACCAGAAGAUUUUACAGGUAGCCCAAGGCUGCUAAAAAGUUGAGGGGAAAGAAAAUCUUAAGAUUAUAAAAUAAAAACUUAAUCCUCCCAAAUGAAAAGAACAAAAAGGAACUGGUCUUCCAUUUUGCCACCUUUCCUGUAAUGUCAGUACCAAACUGGAGGCAGUGAUAUUUAUUAACCAAAGAAAGUAGGUCAUCUGACCUCUGAAGAGUUGAGUACUCAGGCCAUUCAAAUCACCCUACAAGAUCCCAGCAAGUUUAGCUUCUUACACUGAUGCUGGUCUAUAAACCUGGGCAAGUAAGGCAAGAGAAAAGAGGAAGAAUUCAUCCAUGAGCUAAUAGGUGAGAAUGAAAGAUAAAAAAGGAAAAUGGUAUCGAGACGAGAGCAUUUAGUUGGAUCCUAAAGGAAAUGUCUUUGCCUCCCUGACACAUUUUGCUAGACCAGUGUAAGCAUUUCCAGGUUCCACAACAGGAAAAAUCAGUUGCCAGUAAUAUAAUGAUGUCUUUCCUUUGGAGACUUUUUUUUUUUUUUUUUGGAUUAACACUCAGUUUUUACUUGCUUAACUCCAAAAGAGAAGGGAGCAAAAGCCAUUUCCUAAAGGAAUAAAGAUAAAAAGGAUAGGAAAAGAUUCAAAGCUCUAAGAGAGUCACAGCCUUCCCAGGUAUAAAACCUAAAAGCCAGAAGUGCUCAGUAAGCAGAGGUGGAAAAAUGAUCUUGUUCCAGAUAGAUAUUCACAGAACAAAUGAUUUAUAAAUGUGAAAUCCCACCUCCCUUCUUCAUAUCACUUUGGUCUCCAUUUUUCCCAGGACAGGAAACACAUCCCCCAUACCUUUCUUGCUUUGGAAAUUAAAACCCAGCAUCCCAAGAUCAUUCUGCAAGUAAUUUUGCACAGACACCUCCUCACCCCAGUGCCUGUCUGGAGCUCACCCAAGGUCACCAAACAACUUGGUUGUGAACCAACUGCCUUAACCUUCGGGGGGGAGGGGGGUUAGCUAGACUAGGAGACCAGAGUGAAAUGGAAGGGGUGAGGACUUUACAAGGUGGCCUGUCAAAACUAGACUAGAAGCCAAGCCAACGGUAGCCAGGGAUGGCUUACCCCAUGAAAAACCUGUGGGUUGUGCUAAUUUCUAUCCAGAAAGUAGGUUGGACAGAAGCUGGCAGGGGAAAUGGGACUUGGUUAUGUGGUUGUUAUUCUUGGACUGUGAAUUUUGCUGAUGUAAAACAGAAUAUUCUGUAAACCUAAUGUCUAUGUAUAAAUAAUGAGCAUUAACACAGUAAAAUAUUCAAUGAAGAGU